UACGAGCGAUAAUUGGCCAGGUUGAGCUCGGAUUAGAAGAGCAGCCACUGUCUUUUAUCGCUGUGUAGCGUUAAUAACUCUUGCUACUUGCCGCCGGGGCGAAUGUCACGUACUUGCUUCCAAAAGCGAAACGACACAUCGUCGGCUUCCAACGUCAGCAUAUAAAUUGCUAUGAGUGUGGGUGAUGGAGGACAGUCAAUGUGGGGACUUGGACUACCUGGUCCAAGAUGAGGACACCCUCAUCGAAGGUGUCAGCAACCAGGUCUUAUUUGUUGUGGUGCUCAGUAUCACCUUCCUUGCAGGCCUUCUCACUCUGCUCUGCAGACAAGAGCAGCAGAACAUUCAUCCGGAGAAUCAGGAGCAUGUUCGAGCUGUCCGACAACAGCUCCAAACCGAGCAGGAUGAAAAUCCUCAGGCGGAGGCCAGACAGCAGUAUUACACAGACAUGUCUUGUCCUGUGUGUUUACAGCAGGCUGUUCUGCCUGUGGAAACCAAUUGUGGACACCUUUUCUGUGGCUCCUGCAUUAUAGCCUACUGGAGGUAUGGCACAUGGCUGGGUGCAAUUCACUGCCCCAUUUGCCGACAAAUGGUAACGCUGCUCUUCCCACUAUUUCAUGAACACACCGCCCCUCAGAGGGUCCAGGAUGGCGAGGGAGAACCUCAGCUGAUAUUAACAGACAUUAACGAUUACAACCGCAGGUUCUCAGGCCAGCCAAGAUCUUACAUGGACAGGCUGCGAGAUGUGCCCACCUUGCUCCGUCAUGCCUUUAGGGAGAUGUUCUCUGUGGGAGGCCUCUUCUGGAUGUUCAGGAUUCGCAUUCUUCUCUGCCUAGUGGGAGCACUCACCUACCUGGCCUCACCGCUUGACAUCCUCCCUGAGGCACUUUUCGGUCUGCUGGGAUUCAUGGACGAUUUCUUUGUGAUCCUACUUCUCUUCGUGUACAUCUCUAUAAUGUACAGAGAGGUGGUUACGCAGAGACUGAAUGGCUAAGUGUUCGCUCAUGAAAGAGGCCUUGGCUCGCUCAUACCAGGCUCAGGAAGAGUGAACACAGCAUCUAAGUAAACUUUAUUUUACCUGCCCCUGAGGUGGGCAGGUAAAGACUGAAUAAAAAAAAAAAAAAGGACAGUCCAUCAGUUAUGCUGGUUCUCUCAGAGAGGUUUACUUUAAAGCCUGGGAUGUUAGUUAAUCAGAGGGGUUAGCAAAAGUAUGAUCUCUGAAUGUUGACUCUGUAUCGCCAUUAAUGAUUCAUAGAUUGAGUGACAUCAAGGCAAACAACAAUAGAGCAUGAGAAUGGCUGUGUAGGGAUGUGAUGUUGUUAAUAUCUGCCCUAUCAGACUUUGCAGUAAGACAGGGAAAUAGUUUUGGUCCAUUCAAGUACUUGAGGAACACCCCUAACUGAAUGACUAGCAUAACUAGCAGGCAAUUUUAUGACAGCAUAGCCAAAAGCAGACAAUUGUGUAACAUAAUGUGAUCUUGAAUGUACUGUAUCAAUGGCAGUGUCUUGAUUACGUGCAUUUAAAGUUGGCUGUCUGCAUCCAGAUUAUCGACUGUCGGACAGAUUUGUGUUUCUAACCCGUCUUCUAUUACAGCCUGUUCUGUCAAUAAAAAUGAUGAUGCACUUAUUUAAGAAA